AUGCCUCCCUUUAAAGUCUACAAGGGUUCCGAGGAUGGCUAUCCCAAGGAAAGCACUACCACCAAGCCCGAUGAGCUCGUUGGCGACAAUAUUCUGGUGAAAAUUAACGCCUCCGGGAUUUGUGGAACUGAUCUUCAUCAUAGACAACGCGAUGUUGCCCUUGGCCAUGAAGGUGUUGGCAUUGUUGAGGAUACUGUCCCACAGGUCAAGUUUUUAAAGAAGGGUACUCGAGUACCUUGGGGCUUCGUCACUGGUAGCUGUGGACACUGUCUUCUCUAUUUUCAAGGAAAGGAAGUCUUUUGCCGCGAGCGAUGCAUCUAUGGCUUCCAAAAUUUUGACCAAGGUAAUUUUGCAAGUCACGCUCCCACUGAUACUAUGGCCAUAAUGGGUGUUGGGGGACUUGGCCACCUUUGUAUCCAAUUUGCCAACAAGCUGGGGUGCCGUAUUGUUGUCCUCUCCGGAACAAGCAGCAAGCGAGAUGAAGCUCUCGAGCUUGGCGCACAUAAGUUCAUCCCCAUGGCUGGCUACAAGACUGAAGACUUUGUUGAUGAGUGGAAAAUCAACCGCCUGCUCAUUGCAGCAUCCGUACUACCCAAAUUGGAGAUUCUGCUGCCAAUGUUGGCGCCAAAGGCUGUUGUACACGCUCUUUCUGUUUCGUUCGCCAAUCUGGACAUGCCUUAUAUGCUCUUCGUCCGAGUCGGAAUUCCCGUCAAGGGGUCUCUUGUCGCCACUAGGGCCGUUCACCGUGAGAUGCUUGCAUUUGCCGCAUUCCACGGAAUCAAGCCCGUCGUAGAGACAUUCCCACUGACCGCAUGA